CGCACGGCCACUAUCGUUAUUUAGCCGCGCUUUUUACUUAUUACUUAUUAGUUCGACUCGAAAUCCAGAGAUUCGCUGACAAAACUUGAUUCUGAAACAGAAAACAGAAUAUUGAGUAAACAAACAACAGUGUUUAAUAGUUCACGUGCUUUACAAUCUUGACUCUUGAGUCUUGGUGGCUGGUGCGCCGUUUGCAUUGAGUUUAUUCCUGCUCGUUGUAUUCAAAUGGCUGUGAACGUUCCCGAUAUCAUAGCUGAAUGGGACACGGGUUCUGACUCUGAGACAAAAUUGUGCGAUUCACAAGUUAAGGAUUCCACUGUUGUUUCGGCUGUCGACUUCCAACGUAAAGAUCAAAGUAUGAGCGGUAAAAACGAAGACAACAAUUAUGAAAAAAAAGCCACAGAUACUAGUAACAGUGACAGCGAAUCUGAUAAUGAUGUUGUCAAUGGGACACCAGACAGAUGCCAUGUCUCCAAUCCAGAAAAUCAUUCUAUGAAAAACAAACAUAUUGUUAUCACAUACACAAACGUUGAAGAUGAUGAACUUGAAGUGCUACAAGAGUUGGUAGAUGUGUUUGAAUUAAAUGCGCAUAUAUCGUGGGAUGAUAGCGUUACACAUUUGAUUGUGAAAACUCUUCCGACUGGUAGAUGUAUUCGUACAAAAAAAUUGAUGAAUGCAUUAUUAAUAAACUGCUUUAUCAUUACUAUGGAGUGGGCUGAAAACUGUUUAGCUUCAAAGAAAUUACUACCAGAGCUUGAUUACAUACCGCUGGAUUUUAGUGGUGAACCAUCCCCAUUGGUAUCUUGGCGUGUAGGACGAGGAAUUAUUGAUUCACCAAUGGAAUGGACUAGAAAUUGCAUUUUAUAUCUUCAUAGUUCUAUUGAAUUCAAUGAAUCAUAUACGGACAUUAUUUUAUGGGCUCAAAGAGCUGGUUUUGUGUUAACCAACGAUUUGGAGGAGUUUAAAGACGAUUACAAAAUGCGAGUUAUAUUGGCUGAUAAAAUCAUUACAUCUAAUGAUGUUCGAUCUAAAUUACCCAAUAAAACGGAAAUUAGGAGUUGGAUAUGCGAAUAUAAAGCCGUAACAUUAUUCUUGGAUUGGUUUCUCGAAUGUUUGUUCCGAUACAGAUUUGUGGAAAUUAAUCAAUAUUAUCAAAUUAUGAAACUAAAUCCAAACAUUGUAGAAUUUACUGAUAUGGAUGAAUCUCUGUUUGUAUUUGAAAGUUGUUGAAUAAUACAUUUUUCACUACUAAAUUAAAUAUUUGGAACAAAAAAGGUUAUUUUUGAAAUUAAUAGGAGUUAUGU